AUGUUUUUAAAAGAAUGCUGGACAACAACUAUCAUCCUGUCAAUAGCCAUAGCACACCUAAACACUGGCUAUUGCAUGUCUGACUGGGAGAAGAGUUUUUCCACCUCCAUUGCGGGAAUGGAAAAUUUGUUGCUAAUGGAAAGCACUUUGAUUGAAAGUGUCCAACAAUUUACCGUGGAGUUGGAACAAAAAGUUCAUCGGUUAAAAAGUUUAGUGAGUGAAUUACGAGCAGAGAAUCAAAAAGGCUUGGAUAAUCCGGAGGAGUAUCUGCACAAUCCAUUGAAUGGUUACGCGCUAAUACGUCGCAUGUAUUAUGAUUGGCCGAAUAUUGAACUAUUUAUGACAGAUCCAAUUAAUAGUGCCCACGUCGGAGUUAUACAACAAUUGCGACCACAAAUGCCAAGCUGGACAGAUCUUACCGAAGCAGCUGAAGCUAUAUAUCGUCUACAAAUUACCUACGGUCUCGAUCCAGGAGAUAUGGUUCAGGGUAUUUUGAACGACAAACAAUACAAUGUUCAAAUGAAAACCGUUGAUCGUUAUUUUAUGGGCUAUUACCUCCAUGGUCAGGCAAAAUAUUUCCAUUCUGCCUAUUGGACAUAUCAGGCUAUAAUGUCACAUGAAGAUUCUGAAUAUAAUGCAAUAAUGGAUUUUGGCAAAGAAAAAGUGUACGCUUUGUACGGUGAAACGCUAGUAAAGCAGAAUCGUACUAAAGAUGCUUUGAUAGCUAUGCAACAAGCCUACAAUUUAAAACCAACUGAUGCUCUAUUGAUGCAACGAAGAAAUGAAAUUGAAUUUUUGGCCAAUAUUACAACAAAUGAAGUAACUGAGUUCCUUGUCCCAGAACCAGAUCCCUAUCAACUGGGUUGCCGUGGUUUCUACUCCAACUACAUUUCCAAUUUACACUGCCUGUAUAACAGAACAGCAUCCGCUUUCCUACAAUUAGCUCCAUUAAAAAUGGAAAUUUUACAAUUAGACCCAUAUAUGGUACUCUAUCACGACAUUAUAUCUGAGCAUGAAAUUGAAGAAUUGAAAAAUAUGGCCCGACCUGAUCUAAAACGUGCCACAGUAUAUAGCGAUGACAAUAAACAACCCAUUGUGGUUCGGACGCGAACAGCCAAAUCUACAGGAAUCGAUGAAGAAAUUUCACCUACCACCCAAAGACUUAAUCAACGUAUUAUGGAUAUGACUGGUAUGGAUACGAACGGUUCAGAAGCAUUGCAAAUUAUGAAUUACGGAUUGGGUGGUCACUACGAUACACAUUAUGAUUUCUUUAAUGUUUCAUCGGAUUUGAAGGUGGUAAAAGAGGGCGAUCGCGUGGCUACAGUUUUAAUUUACUUGAGUGACGUGGAGCAGGGCGGUGCCACUGUCUUCCCCAACAUUCCAACAGCUGUCUUCCCUAAAAAAGGUUCCGCCCUGGUGUGGUACAAUUUGAAAAACGACCUUGAGGGUAAUUGGCUUACCCUCCAUGCUGCCUGUCCCGUCCUAAUUGGUUCUAAGUGGGUGGCCAACAAGUGGAUACGCAGUAAAGCUCAAAUGUUUAGAAGGCAGUGUUAUAAAUAA